AUGGAGCGAAAGCGUGGACGCGAGAUGAAUCCUCCAUCUGCAGACCCACCAUCAGCAACACCCGUCGCCCGAGCUAAUCUGCCUGGCAGCGUUGCGGCAGCUUUCCACGGUCGGUACUUUCCAUGCUUUGUCCCUGCCCCAUCUUCCAUCUUCCGUCAGUCGGGUACAACAACAUUGAAACGGGUCAACGAGCGCUACAAGAUUGUGGGCUUCAUUAGUAGUGGUACCUAUGGCCGCGUCUACAAAGCUGAAGGCAAAAAUGGCCGCACUGGCGAGUUUGCCAUCAAGAAGUUCAAGCCGGACAAGGAGGGUGAGUUGCAGUACUCGGGCAUCUCGCAGUCCGCUAUUCGAGAGAUGGCACUUUGCACCGAACUUGCACAUCCCAAUGUCGUGCACACCGUGGAGAUAAUCUUGGAAGAAAAGUGCAUCUUCAUCGUCUUCGAGUAUGCCGAACACGACCUACUCCAGAUCAUCCAUCAUCACAAUCAGCCACAACGACAGGCCAUCCCAGCACGGACCAUCAAAUCAAUCCUGUACCAGCUUUUGCAAGGCCUCGUCUACCUCCACCGGAACUGGGUUAUGCACCGCGAUCUCAAGCCCGCCAACAUCAUGGUCACGAGCGCCGGUAAGGUAAAGAUUGGUGAUCUCGGCCUGGCGCGUCUCUUCUACAAGCCGCUGCAAUCCUUGUUUUCUGGCGACAAGGUCGUCGUGACUAUAUGGUAUCGCGCGCCUGAAUUGCUACUUGGUAGUCGUCAUUAUACGCCAGCAGUCGACUUGUGGGCUGUGGGAUGCAUCUUCGCCGAAUUGCUGUCGCUUCGACCGAUCUUUAAGGGAGAAGAAGCGAAGAUGGACAGCAAGAAAACCGUACCUUUCCAACGCAACCAGAUGCAGAAGAUUGUCGAGAUCAUGGGCAUGCCCAGCAAGGACCGAUGGCCACUGCUGACCGCAAUGCCCGAGUAUCCACAGCUCUCGUCCCUUAUAGCCGGAAACGCCGCACGGUUUGCUCGACCACAGGGCGGCGACGGUCUGGAUCGAUGGUACAACCAAACACUAAUCAACAAUCAAUACCCUGCAGGCCCUGGACCGGAAACCCCGGGUGCAGAGGGUCUCGCGUUGCUCAAGCAGUUACUCGAGUACGACCCACAGAAGCGGCUGACCGCGGAAAAGGCGCUUGAGCACAGGUACUUUACUGAACACGGCAAGCCGUCAGACAACUGCUUCGAGGACUCGAAGAUCAAGUACCCCGUUCGCAGGGUCAGCCAGGAGGACAACGAUAUUCGUACUUCUAGUCUACCGGGAACCAAGAGGAGCGGACUCCCUGACGAUUCCUUGAUGGGGCGGCCUGCAAAGCGACUGAAGGAGGGCUGA